GUGUGGGCCACACCCAUGUGGGAAUGGAGAUUCUACUCCAGUCCAGCUGCCAGCUAUUUGGAGUUGAGUACAGGGAGCAGCUGAUUGGGAAGGAUUGGAGCCCUUCUCUAUAAAGGGGAGAGGAAACAGUAAGAGGGAGGUGGUUGUGUUUUUAGUAGGACACUGUUGCAGCAGGGAAGCCUUGGAGACUCCAGGAUGAAGAGUGCACAUUUUAAAGGAAAGGAUUUUCAACCUGGCCUGGUUUUGCUUUUAAAAUAAUCUGAUGCUGCUGCAGGGAUGACUUAUUUUAAUUAGGAUUUGUGUGGAUCUGCUGGGAUAAAAACACUGGAUUGGAGACUCUCUGUGCCAAUGGAAAGGAAACUGGGCAAGAUUUGAGAAGCUCGAGAGUGGAAGCCCCAGAAUCUGGUGUGGAGACCCACCCUCGAGCAGCGCCAGACCUGAAAAAGCUAACAACCCUGACCGCAGUGACUUUGGGCCUUGGAUUCCAGGCCAGAGUUGUGUCUUCAGCCAGUAGUUUGACUCAGAGGGAAAAAAAAAUAAAAAAUCUUGUGUAUCCCAUUGCAGUGUGAGUGUGGUGGUUUCUUAAUGGUCAUUAUUAGAGCGUAACACCUUCUUGUACGGAGGCCAUCUUGGGCCGUAUUUAACACAUAUACAUGGAGAACAGAAGAAACCAUACCAUGUAGUCAUUCUUGUUUUACUUCUCCAUAGUCCCCCACCUGGAGUGCAAGUGCAGUUAGUGCAUUGUAAUGUAAAGGAGUUCACCAAUUUUCAAGCAAAUGCAUCUAAAAAUUUCAGAAUAAUGUUCCUCGACAUGCAGUUUCAAAGUUUGUGAAUAUAUCAUCAUAUACAAAUGUAUAGUAAAUUAUAUCAUAAAAAGAUUGAGAAAAUCUGGAGAAAGGCUUAAGAUGAGUAUGGGAUGUCUACGAUCUUUGGACUCCCAGUGAGCAUUAAAAAAGGCAUUGAUUCUGUCAUGGAAAUCACUGCAUGGGCUCAGGAACACUUCCAGAAAUUAUUGUCUGUGAACACAGCUUACUAUGCCAUCCACAAAUCCAGAUUAAAGCUCUAUCAUGGAAAGAAUAAGCCAUAUGUGAUCCAGAAACACCACUGUCUUCUCUGGGCCAAAGCUCAGUGUAGCAAAAGUACAUUUAAUAUUUUAUUUCAAGCUGUAUCAGUUAGCUUUGUCAAGCAGCUAACUGAUACAUGUACAAUGUUUGUAGCAUAGAAUUUUAACAGGGUAGUCCCCGUAGAACACAACAACACAUUAAAAGCAAAUUAAAACAUUAGCGGGGGAUGGUGGCUAUGAAUAACCACUGAAAUAUGUCUACUGUCAACGGGAGGAAUUAUUUUUGGAAUUUGACACCUGUUUUAUGGCAGAAUAUUAAUUUUCUUUUAAUGAAAUCAUUUUAUAUCACUGUUAAAUUAGAGGUAAAAGAGCUGCAACAGCAACAACUGCAAUGAAUUCAUAGAGUGAAAAUAUACAAAACACCACUAUCUGACAGUGCUGAGUAGGCACCAUACCCUGGACUGAGCAUGGAGGAUUAAGUUCCUCGAAAUAAUGCGAUGUCAUUGGCAGCACAAUAUGACAGUGAAAAUAAGAGUGGCCUUCAUAACUUAUAUUUUUCCCACAAUCAAAACUCGCAUAAUUCACUAAAAGAUCAUCACAGGAGAAAUACAAAAUCCUUCAAAGCAAGAGUCUGGCCAUUCCUAGUCAGGACAGCUCUGGAUAGACGGAUAACACACUAUGACCAAGUGGAUGUGUUGUACAUUGUUUUGUUAAGUAACUGUGUGGCCCUCUCAAACUUCUUCCAUCUCCCCUUAUGCCUCUCACCCUAGAGACUUUGGUUCUUUCUUUUGUUUUGGAUUUAUUGGAUUAACUUUAUUGGAUUAUUUUUCUGUAGCCACUUUUCUGUAGCCUCACUGUCAAAAAUUAUUUUGCUAAACAAGUCUUUUUUUCAGCCUCACUAAGUUAAUUAAAUGUCUUCUGUUCACCUUACCAUAUUAGGGCAAUCUGUACAAAAAUACACCUAAAAUUCCCACAAAAUCUGCAAUGCCAUUAUUUAGUUACUAAUACCGCUUUGUUUUUUUUAUUCUUUCUGACUGUAUUACAUUUAGGUUUAAAUGAAAGGUAACAUGCUUUCAAUGUUGCCUUUUGUUUUUUGUUUCGGCCUUUCUAAAAGCUGCAAGGGAAAGUAAAAGUGUUAGUCUGCAGACAUGUCUGGACUUUCCAGAAGCGGUAGGCAAAACCAAGUCACAGCAUGACUACAGUUAAGUUUUUGGUCUAAAAGUCUUUCCAUGACACAGUUUUUUUUUUUUUUCUCUGUACACAAACACAGCCAGCCAUAUUACCUCAUUACACUGGAACUCUUAACACAUAUACCGCCUCCAGACCCUUCAGAAUGGAGAAUCAAUGAUUCUCACAGUUCUCACAGGUCCUUUCACUUCCUUCCAAUUGGUCAAAAAAGAAGGCACAUACAACAUGCAGAUGAAAAGUGUCUCGAGACACAGAAAGCAUUUCCUUUAGAACAGAAGGACUGUUUACACCAAUGUGAUGUCGAUUUUCUGUGACAUUUAAGCUUACUGUACAACUGUACAUUACAUUUUCUGGUUGGUUGGAUUAAGCUUUCCUGCUUGUUAUUUUAAAAUGGAUCCUGGAAUGCAUGAGGAACAAAGCAAUUUAGAAAGAGGAACAAAAUGUUGCAAACCAGACAUUAUUUUCUUGACGCUGAGCAUCAUCGGUUUCCUUGUUCCUGUUGAAGGAUUUUCUUUGAAGACUUGCAGAAUCAGCUACAGUACGGCCAUAUGUGUCAGGAGUAAACUCAGAGCUGUUCCUGGAGACAUUCCCUCGACUGUGACAGGCCUUGAUUUAACUUCUAACAUAAUUUCAACAAUACAUGCAUCAGACUUCAAAGAUCUAGUAAAUUUGACUAAAUUAGACCUUAAUAGCAAUAACAUUUCACAGAUAGAAAGCGGUGCGUUUGCCAGUCUAAGUUCUCUUGAGACAUUAAAUCUAAAUAAUAACAAACUUGUUACACUGGGAGAAAAUGUUUUUGAUGGCUUGAGUCGCCUCAUUGAGCUAAGAAUUAAUCAAAAUCGCAUUAAGCAAGUGGCAUCCACAUCUUUUAAGUCCAUGACAAGUUUAAAACUUCUGGACAUUUCUCAUAACAAACUGCACCACAUUACAAAAGUUCAAUUAUUAUUGCAACAUCUGCCACAUCUACGGGAGCUGGUAAUAAGCAACAAUGAUUUAACCACUUUUCAGUCAUUUGAACUGACAAACAAAUCAUUAGAACUUCAGUACCUUGAUUUGUCGAAAAAUCCCCUCGCAGUCUUCAGGAUCACUGCCGAUGUUUUUCCAAAUCUCACCUGGUUUAAAAUUGGGAGCCCAGCCAGAAAGAAACAAAUGAUAUGGGACGUGCAAAACAAGACAUUUCUAAGUCGUGUUACUACUCUUGACAUUAGUGAGCUUCAUUUGGGUCUUGGGGACAUGGAAAGGUUGUUAGAGUCAGUGAACUCAUCAUUAACUAUUCUGAGAAUGAAUGCAAUGACACAUAACCUGACCGCAUUGAUCAACAUUUCCUGCACCAUCCCAACAAUGAGGACUCUGCAGCUUCGAAGCAAUAAGCUCAGCUUUGUUAAUGCAUACUUGUUUAAGUUGUGCAUUAAUGUAACUGAGUUAGAUUUGACAAAUAAUCAAAUAAAAUACAUCCAUGAUGAUGCUUUCAGAUCCCUUAAAAAUUUAAGGAUUUUAACGCUGAGUAAAAACAGGCUUCCAUUGGUUCCAGCUGCAACAAGGAAUCUACCAAGUCUUUCAGAGCUGGAUCUCAGCACCAAUAACAUCAGCACACUGGACUGCCAUGAUUUCACCAAUCAGACAAAGCUCAGAAAGCUUUAUCUUUAUCAGAAUUCAAUCACAGCUCUGAAACCGUGUCUUUUCAAGGAUUUAAAAGGAUUAGAAACUCUAAAAUUACAGACAAACCAAAUAACUAAAUUGAACGGUGCUUUCAAAGAACAUUUGCCUAAACUUAGAUACCUGUAUUUAAAUAUAAACAAACUCACUGCGAUCAAAAAGGAUGAAUUUAAAGGCUUACAUUCCCUCCAGAACUUGUCAUUAGACCAAAAUCAAAUAGAAAUUCUUGAUCAUAAGAGUUUUGUAGGACUGACAAAUCUUACCCGCCUUCAUCUACAACGGAACUCUAUUAAACAAGAUAAACUACAAAAAGGUAUUUUCAGUCCUCUGAUUAAAUUAAGAACACUGGAUUUGAGUGAAAAUCGUAUCAAUUAUAAUGAAAGUAGAAAUUUGCCUGAUCCUCCAUUUUCUCAGCUGUCCCAUCUGGAGGAACUGCUUGUUUUUUCACAACACCACAGGUUGCAUAGUUAUCUGCCUGUAAACUUUUUGCAAGGUUUGACCAAUCUUUUGAGUUUCAAAGCCAGGAAUAUCCGUAUUGCGUCUCUGGACAAAGACACCUUUGUUUACACGCCACAGCUGCAAUUACUUGAACUUUCUUCAAAUGAACUUAAAGAACUCCCUCCAGAUCUGUUUUUCCCAAUUCCAAACCUUAAAAGCCUUUACAUAUCCAGGACAGCUCUUUACUCUCUAGACUUCCUUAUAGAUGCCAAUCUCACAAAGCUGGAGUUUCUACAGGCAAGACAGAAUUUAUAUUCAGUUAUCCGCAAAGAAGAUAUACAUUCCCUACCAGCUCUGACUUAUCUGGACCUUCAGGGCAAUGGAUUCACCUGCAACUGUGAUAACAGCUGGUUUCUCUCAUGGGCAAUACAUGACAGCAAAACUCAAGUUUAUGAUGCAUAUAACUUUACGUGCAACUAUCCCCAAGAAUUCAAAAGUAAGAAGCUGUUGGACUUCGACACCCGCUUCUGCUCAGUUGACAUGGGCUUUAUUUACUUUCUCUGCACCAUAUGUGCAAUCCUAUGCUUCAUGGUGGUGUCCUUCACUUACCAUUUUAUGAGAUUGCACCUGGUCUAUGCCUAUUACCUGUUCAUAGCUUGGUUCUUUGACAAAAAGCACAAAAACAAGAAAACUCCUCUUCAGUACGACGCCUUUAUCUCCUAUAACACCCACGAUGAGCCUUGGGUCAUUGACAAGCUCUUACCAAAACUGGAAGGAGAACAGGGCUGGAGACUGUGUCUACACCAUCGAGACUUUGAACCAGGGAAGCCCAUCAUAGAUAACAUCACGGAUGCCAUUUAUGGAAGUCGGAAGACCAUUUGUGUUAUCAGUCACAAAUACCUUGAGAGUGAAUGGUGCUCCAGAGAGAUCCAGGCAGCCAGUUUUCGUCUGCUUGAUGAGCAGAAGGACAUACUUAUCCUGGUGUUUCUGGAUGACAUUCCCAGCUAUCUGCUGUCUCCCUACCACCGCAUGAGGAAGAUGUUGAAGAAGAAAACCUACCUGAGCUGGCCACGAGCUGCAGAGAACACAGAGUUGUUCUGGGAAAAACUCCGGCAGGCUCUAGAGACCAGUGAAAAUCCAGAAGCGGAGUUGUUACUUCUCACUGUGUCAAACACGCCAUGAUGAAAAGGAAAUAUAAAGUAAUUGUUUAGCAACAAGUGUAAUUCAUUUGCUUCAAUACCAAAGGCACCAUACGUUUGAAGUAUACCCCUUGUUGAACAUUUUCACAGAUUUUCAGCGCUCAAUUUUGCGCUUUUUUCUUUCCAAUCAGUUUUCCUGUUGUUUAACAGAAAUUGAAUGUUUUUGAGCGUCUGAGCUCUGCCAUUUCACAUCUGAUAAUAACAGAUGCACAUUUAAUGUGCCUGGAAAAAAGGUCAAAGGUCAGUCAGAAGUUACCAGGCUAUGAUUUUAUUGUAAGUGUGUUUGUAAUUAUUCCAUAAUAGUGAGUUACAAUAUUCAGAUAUUUCUGUAAUCUUAAUGUGUUUAUUGUGUCUGCACAAACUGUUUACAUUUUGUUUGAAAUAGAAAAAUGGAAGAAACAACAAAUAAAAAGAUAUUCUGUCUUUGAUGAA